CAUGAGGAUUAGAAGCCCGCUGUAGUGUCAGACAGAAGACCUAGCCUACAAUUCUCCAGUAGAUCAGACAGUCCUACUGGACCAAAUUGAUUUUAGUCAUUCUUUUCAUCACCGAGCAGUUGGCACUUUAUUGCUGAGAUCUCACUUGAGGGGAGGACUGAUACACCACGGGGGACUGCCUUCAGGACCUCCACACGGGGAGCCAUGUGAGCUGCACCCUACUUCCCCAACACUCAUCCAUAACUGGAUCAUCCACCUUCUGGACUCCCGUAGAGGGAAUCUCUGGGCCGGUCGCCCCUUGGAGAUACUUGUGUCGGAGCGCUGGUUGGGGUGUGAGUGCCCCCCUGGUCUGGAGGCCCGCCGGCAGCACUCCAGCACCAUGGAUUACCUGUUUGGCUUUAUAGUGCUGCUGUGCGUGGCAGUGCAGCUGGGAGUAGGACUAGAGCCCAAGCACAAUGUACCCAGACUAAAGCUGUCAUACAAGGAGAUGCUCGAGUCCAGCAACCUGGUCAACUUCGGCGGCGUUGCUAACAGUUCUGGCUACGACACCUUCCUCCUGGACGAGGAGCGAGGACGACUCCUGGUGGGCGCCGAGGACCACGUCUUCUCCUUUGACCUGGUCAACAUCAACAGGGACCACAAACAGAUCGCGUGGCCCGCCACCCCCUCCAAGCGCGAUGAGUGCAAGUGGGCGGGGAAGGACUUCUGGAAAGAGUGUUCCAACGUCAUCCGUGUGCUCCAACCCUACAACCAGACCCACCUGUACAUCUGCGGCACCGGGGCUUUCCAUCCCAUCUGUGCUUACCUGGAAAUGGGCAAGAGAGCCGAGGACAACAUCUUUCGCCUCGCCUCCCAUUUCGAGAACGGCCGCGGAAAGAGCCCCUACGAUCCCAAAAUGCUCUCGGCCUCGAUUCUCCUGGACGGGGAGUUGUACUCAGGCACGUCGGCCGAUUUCAUGGGCAGGGAUUUUGCCAUUUUCCGCACCUUGGGCGACCAUCACCCCAUCAGGACGGAGCAACACGACUCCAGGUGGCUUAAUGAUCCACGAUUCGUCGGGGUGCACCUGAUCCCUGAGAGCGACAACCCCGAGGACGACAAGAUCUUCCUGUUUUUCAAAGAGAACGCCAUGGACGGUGAGCACACGGGCAAGGCCACCAUCGCCCGCAUUGGACAACUGUGUAAGAACGACAUGGGAGGUCACCGCAGUCUGGUCAACAAGUGGACCACCUUCCUCAAGGCCCGCCUCUUGUGUUCCGUGCCGGGGGUCAAUGGCAUCGACACACACUUCGAUGAGCUACAGGAUGUGUUCUUGAUGAGCUCCAAGGACCCUAAGAAUCCGGUCAUCUACGCCGUUUUCACCACAUCCAGCAACAUCUUUAAAGGCUCGGCGGUGUGCAUGUACAACAUGGCCGACAUCAGAAGGGUUUUCCUGGGUCCUUACGCCCACAGGGACGGACCCAACUACCAGUGGGUGCCCUUCCAAGGCAGGGUGCCUUACCCACGACCUGGAACUUGUCCGAGCAAGACUUUUGGUGGUUUCGACUCCACUAAAGACCUCCCAGAUGACGUCAUCACUUUCGCCAGGGGCCACCCGGCCAUGUACAACCCAGUGCACCCCAUCGGCGGGCGUCCCAUCAUGGUGCGCACGGACGUGGACUACCAGUUCUCCCAGCUGGUGGUGGACCGAGUGGAGGCCGAGGACGGGCAGUACGACGUGAUGUUCAUCGGCACAGAUGUGGGCACGGUGCUGAAGGUGGUGACCAUCCCCAGAGAGAGCUGGCAUAACCUGGAGGAGGUAGUGUUGGAGGAAAUGACUGUCUUCAGGGAGCCAACUACAAUCACUGCAAUGGAGCUGUCAACCAAACAGCAACAAUUAUACCUGGGCUCUUCGCUGGGCGUCUCCCAGAUGCCCCUGCACCGCUGCGAGGUGUACGGCAAAGCCUGCGCCGAGUGCUGCCUGGCUCGCGACCCUUACUGCGCCUGGGACGGCGCCGAGUGCUCCAGAUACUUCCCCACCGCCAAGAGGCGCACCAGACGUCAGGACAUCCGAAAUGGAGACCCACUUUCUCAGUGCUCAGACCUUCAGCAUCAUGAUGACAUGGAUGGCGCCGGUGGCGUGGGCGGCGUGGAGGACCGCGUGGUGUACGGCGUGGAGAACAGCAGCAUGUUCCUGGAGUGCAGCCCCAAGUCUCAGCGGGCGAUCAUCUACUGGCAGCUGCAGAGGCCCAACGACGAGCGCAAGCAGGAGAUCAAGCUGGACGACAGACUGCUCCGCACAGACCAAGGCCUGCUCGUCCGCAGUCUGGCCCAGUCCGACACAGGCGUCUACCACUGCCAGGCGGUAGAGCACGGCUUCAUCCAGCCUCUCCUGCGCCUCAACCUCCAGGUCAUCCCCUCCCAGAAGCUGGGAGACAUCCUGCCGGGGCUCCCCGGAGUCGGGGCGGCCCCUCCGGGCAAGCAGCGGCUGUGGUACCGGGAUUUCCUGUCUCUCCUGGAUCACCCGGACCUCAACAGCGUGGAGGAGUUUUGCGAUAGUGUGUGGAAGAAAGAACGCAAGCAGAAGAAGACCAAGGCGCCCAACGCCAACCCGCCGUUGCGGCCCAAAUCUGCGGCUCCUAACGCCCAGAGGCAGCAGCAGGCGAGUCCGGCACAGGGAAAAGCGUGGCUCCAGGCUGGAGCGGAGACAGCGGACGCUAACCAGAAAGUGGGCAUGCUGAGCGUCCAGGCGCCCAAAAACCAACCCAAGACGCAAAACGGCCAAAAGGGGCAGACCGCCAUCGCCCAGGGCGCCGCUCGAGCGGGAGGCCAGCAGCAGCAGCAGCAGCAGCAGCAGCAGCAGCAGCAGGCCGCCAAGUGGAGACGCAUGCAGGAGAACAAGAAGGGACGCAACAGGAGGACCCACGAGCUGCAAAGACCUCCGCGUAGCGUUUGAGACCUCGCAAAGGAAGCACAAAGACGGCCGCACGCAAACUAGCACACAACACAUCCUGUAGAUUGUGUAGGAUUCUCUCCUUCAAAGACGUGAAAGGCGGAAUAAACUGGAAGAAACUUGUGAGGACACUUUCACUUCCUGUACAUAAGCUACGAUACGAUAAGACACAACAAACUGUGACUUGAAUGCUGAAAAGAAGAAGAAGCACAUUCAACGAUUUUGACUUGAGCAUGUGAAUCCCCACCUUGGUGACAAAAACUCUUAUUUUGAAGAGCCUUCCAUGUCUCAUUAGAGUAUCACAUGCAGAGGAAAAUAAUUGUGCAUGUUGUCCAUGAUUUGAUAAGCUGGUUAUUUUAUGGCAUUUUUUCUUUGCAUUUUCUUUUUACAUUGACUUCCACCACCACCAUCGUCUAUGUAACUUAUUACAUUACACUUACUUUGUGUACAUACAGUAUAUACAACAAACUCGCUUCUGUGUAUAUACAGUACACCUGAUCCUUAUUUAUUGCUCGUUUUUUGUGAAAAGGGUGCAUUUAUUUUUGAUAUUAUGCUAUUUUGGGGGCGUGGUCAGCGUAUUACAAGGGGAAACUUUGGACCAACUGACAUAGAAAUGCAGAAUAUAUAUUAAAAAGGCCCAGCAAUAAUAAGCACAACACUUUUUUUUUUUUUUAAUUUCUCAUCCUUCACGUGCUUCAUGUGUAAGAUCACCCCCCCCCCCAUCCAAAAAAACUGUUAGCUGUGAAUCUGUAAGAAAUAGUGCAAAAACUAGUCCGAGGAGAAGACAUGUUAUAUUGCAUGUGAAUGCUGCCUACAGUAAGUGCAUCUUUCUAUUGUCUCUUUCGUGUUUUUUGUGUGAGAGCGCCCUGAAUGCUACUACUUUUGCUACCAAACACUAUGAUCAUAAAUGAGAAUAUCAAGACAUAAUAAGCUGGCAAAAAAAGCUGCUGGACAAUGAAUAAUGUUCUUUUUUACAUGACACGUGUAGAGAGCAUCCACAAUUUAGCACAGAAAAAUCCAUUUUGUGUCUCCUUAAUUGAACACUUGAGAGCUGAAAGUGACUGCUGCUGUAAAACACUUCUUUAUGGCAUGUUGUCCCAAUAAAAAUCUGUUACAA